AUGGAUGACGAACUGAAUAUUUUCAUCAAAGUAUGGGUCUCUGCGAUAAUCUCUGUAACGUACAGUUACUAUUUAUCAUCCAGAAUCAAAGCUGGUGUUCUUCGUUUACUCUCUAUCACUCCCGUAUGUGCUCUCUUCUUCCUUCUCCCUCUCUUCUCGUCCUCAAAGAUCUUCGUUUCAAUCACAGCGUUUUGCCUCCCAGGACUUGCCAGUUUAAAGCUCAUCCUCUUCGCUUUUGAUCAAGGUCCUCUUUUUCCACUUCCAACAAACCUCACCAGAUUCAUAUGCUUCACUUGCUUGCCUAUCAAGCUUCAGAAAAAUCCUAAAUCUCAAAACCUUUUCCCCAAAUGGGUUUUCGGCAUUAAAGUUGCAAUCUAUGGUGUUAUGUUAAAAUUAUAUUGCAACAAUCACAACCUACCUCGAAUUAUGCGGCUAGGUCUCCGUCCUUGGCACUUGUACUUGGAACUUGAGAUUAUCUUAGCCCUCCUCAAAUUUCUGGCCACGAUCACUCUUGGGUGUGAGUUAGAGCCAAUAUUCAACGAGCCAUACUUAGCCACAUCUCUUCAAGACUUUUGGGGUCGACGCUGGAACCCAAUGGUCUCAUCGAUUCUCAGGUCAGGAAUCUACGCUCCUCUGCGGCGUGUCUGUGGACGCCUAAUGAGCUCUGAUCGUGCUAGAUUGAUCGGGUUUCUUGCGACGUUCAUCGUCUCAGGUGUGUUUCACGAGCUCAUGCACUUCUAUUUGACUCGUGAGACACCUUCAUGGGAGCUCACCGUCUUCUUUACGUUAAACGGAGUUUGCACGGUGGUGGAAAUGGCGGUGAAGAGAACAAAGUUUGGGCUGCGGUGGCAGGUGAGACCGGUGGUUUCUUGGCUGCUCACGAUGGGAUUUUUAUACUUAACCACUGCUUUGUUGUUUUUCGAUCCGGUAGUAUAA